GUUCAAUUGAUUCAUUUAGUUGGUGGUGUUUAGAUGGAUUAAUUUCUCUUCAAUCUUUUUCAAAUUGUUUCCACAAAAAACAAAAACAAAAUGCAUUCAGCUAGUGCUAUAUUAGCACAAUCAACUAUUCGUUCUGAAUCGAAUGUAUCGAAAAUUAUUCAUCCAUAUUGGCAACAUAAUUGUAAUCUGGAUUCAUUUCGUCAUGUUUCAUUUGUUCAAUAUUUAUUGAAUAUUUUAUCCGGAAAUCAUUCACAUCAAAAGAUUAUUGAAUAUGAAACAAAAAAAAUCUGUACAUAUGAAAAUCUUGGUCGUUAUAUUCGAAAAACAGCUACAAUAUUGAAGAAAAUAAUUCCCACCGGUGAAUUUGUCGUAUUUAUUGGUCAAAAUUCAUUUGAAUAUUUGGCUCUAUAUUUUGGCGCCAUUUGUAUAGGGGCAAUACCGAUGAAUCUACCGUAUGAUAACAUUUCAUUACAAGAUAUUCGAACAUUCAUCAUACAACAUAAUGUACAAUAUUUAGUGCUAAAUAUUGAUCAUAGUAAUGAAUUUAAUUUGGUUAUCAUUCGAAAAUUGUUAAAUUCUAUUGCACAAAUCAAGAAAAUUUUUCUCUAUGGCUAUUUGAACACCAACAACGAUUUAAUUGAUGAUGAAAAAAUUAUUUAUUUGGGUGAUUGGCUAAAUUCAGAUUCGAAUGAAAUUGAUCAAUUGUUCAAACCGAUAAAUGUUGUCACCGUACCAUGUUUAGCACUCAACUCUAAUGGUACACAUCAAUGGCCACCAAGGCUUUUUCUUCAUAAUCAUUUUUCAUUAAUUGCAACAUGCGAAAUGUUAGCCGAUGGUCGAAUUUUUGAAUUUCGUUCCAUUGAUAAAUUAUUAGUUUAUGGAUCGUUUGAACAUUUAGAAAAUCUACUCAUGUUUAUAUCGGCUAUUGUUAAUGGAUGUAGUUUUAUAUUAGUUCCUGGUUAUGAUUAUGUUCACAUAAUCGAUGCUAUCGUUCGAUAUCGAAUAUAUUCAGCAAUUUUACCAUCUAAUUUUUUGAUUAAAUUACUUAAAGAUACUGGUCAUAAUGUUAUUCUUGAAAAUUUAAUAAAAAUUAUUUCGUUUGGUGGAAAAAUAUCAUCAAUUUUAUGUCAAAAUUUUUUUCAUCGUUUUCCAAAUGUUCGUUCAAUUCGUCAUUGUUAUAUUAUGGCUGAAACACCAUGUCCUAUAACAAUGUUGAUACGUAAUUCGAAUGACUAUGAUUCGGCUGGAUUUCCGUUGCCAAAUACUCAAAUCAAAAUUCAUAGCCUGGUCGAUUAUGAUGAUGAAAUGUUAGAAGCAAAUUGUUGUGGUUUAAUUGCUGUUGGACGUGAACAAAAUAUGUUUGCCAUCGGUUAUAUUAGCAACAAUAGCUCUCGUAUAAUCGAAUUAAAUUUUCAACAUCUAACUGAUCAUUCAAAAGCAGAUAAACACCAUUUUCAUCGUCAACGAUGGUUAAUUACACAGGACAUGGGUUUCUAUGAUGAAAAUGGAUUAAUAUAUCUACAUGGACAAUAUCGAAAUUCAUCAAGUGAACUAAAUUCAAUCGUUCAACAAUCUCGAAUCGAAACCUAUUUACUUAAUCAUCCAUUGAUCGCUGAAGCAUAUGUCAUUGAAACCGAUACAUCAUCAAAAAAAUGUGCCGCAUUAGUAUCAUUAAAAUUUGUCAAUACAUAUCUAACACCGGAACUUAAUCAACAGAUCGCUAAUUAUAUCAAAGAAAAUGUUGCUGAUUUAGAUGAAUUCUUUCUGUUUGUUCGAUAUAAUCUACCAAAAACAAAUUGUGGUCGUUACAUCGAUAGCCUUAUACGUAAAGAGAUAUUUAAUCUUAUCAAUUUGGAAAAGAAAUUUUAAUCAUAUCAAGAUCAUCAACAAAAAAAAAAUGCGAAAAUUUCCUUAAAUUUGUAAAUAUCAAUA